CCCUCAUCCUCCUCAGAACCUUGUGGCCGCGCUGAAUGCCUCGUACAGCCGCAGCGUGAUGCUUUCCUGGGUGCGUCCCUUUGAUGGAAACAGCCCUGUUCUCUACUACAUGGUGGAGCUGUCUGAGAACAACUCCCCCUGGAAGGUGCACCUCUCGAACGUGGAUCCAAAGAUGACCGAUGUGACUGUGAGUGGGUUAACUCCAGCCCGAACCUACCAGUUUAGGGUGUGUGCUGUUAACCAGGUGGGAAAAGGCCAGUACAGCACUGAGACCAGCAGGUUGAUGCUCCCAGAAGAACCCCCCAGCGCCCCUCCUAAAAACAUAGUGGCCAGCGGCCGCACCAAUCAAUCUAUCAUGGUUCAGUGGCAGCCUCCUCCUGAAAGCGAACACAAUGGGGUUCUCCAUGGGUACAUCCUAAGGUAUCGCCUGGCAGGCCUCCCUGGGGAGUACCAGUAUAAGAACAUCACCAGUGCAGAGAUUAACUACUGUUUGGUGAAAGACCUGAUCAUCUGGACUCAGUAUGAAAUCCAGGUGGCAUCUUAUAAUGGAGCCGGGUUGGGAGCAUUCAGCCGAGCGGUGACGGAGUACACUUUACAAGGAGUGCCGACGGCUCCACCGCAGAACGUGCAAUCUGAAGCUGUGGAUUCCACCACCAUCCAGUUUCAGUGGACCCCUCCACCGCAGCAGUUCAUCAAUGGUAUCAAUCAGGGAUACAAGCUCCUAGCAUGGCCGGUAGAUGCACCAGAGACUGUGACUGUGGUCACCAUCGCUCCGGACUUUCAUGGAGUUCACAGUGGCUGCAUUACCAAUUUGAAGAAAUUCACAGCUUAUUAUACAUCAGUCCUGUGUUUCACCACCCCAGGGGAUGGACCACAGAGCACACCGCAGCUGCUGCACACUCUCGAAGACAAGCCAGGAGCUGUGGGACACCUGAGCUUCACUGAGAUUCUGGACACGUCUCUCAAGGUCAGCUGGCAAGAACCUGUAGAGAAAAAUGGCAUCAUUACAGGCUACCAGGUCUCCUGGGAGGUGUACGGCAGGAAUGAAUCGCGUCUUGCUCGCACACUAGUCAACACAACCCUCGAGUACAAAAUUACUGGUCUGUCAUCUCUAACCACCUACACGAUUGAGGUGGCAGCUAUGACUGGCAAAGGGACUGGUCUGGUCACCUCCUCUACCAUCUCCUCUGGAGUGCCCCCAGAACUUCCUGGAGCCCCAUCCAAUCUAGUGAUUUCCAACAUCAGUCCUCGUUCGGCCACACUUCAGUUCCGGCCCGGCUACGAUGGCAAAACCUCGACCUCUAAAUGGAUAGUGGAAGGGCAGGUUGGUGUUCUUGGAGACGAGGAGGAGUGGGUGAGUUUGUACGAGGUGGAGAAUGAGCCUGAUGCCCAGAUGCUAGAGAUACCAAGUCUCACUCCUUACACUUAUUACAGGUUCCGGAUGAGACAGGUGAAUGUUGUUGGCCAAAGCCCAUUCAGCCAACCAUCUCGUGUCAUCCAGACACUGCAGGCACCGCCAGAUGUUGCACCAGGGAGUGUUACUGUGCGCACUGCCAGUGAAACUAGCUUGUGGAUCCGCUGGGUGCCUCUCCCCGAUACUCAAUAUAAUGGGAACCCAGAGUCAGUGGGCUACAGGAUAAAAUUCUGGCGCAUUGAUCUGCAGUCUUCUGUGCUGAUGAAAGUAAUCAGUGACCGGCUAGAGAGGGAAUACACUAUUGAGGAUCUGGAGGAGUGGACAGAGUAUGAGCUGCAAAUCCAGGCCUUCAAUGCCAUUGGAGCAGGACCAUGGAGUCAAGUGGUGAGAGGUCGCACGCGGGAGUCUGUUCCUUCUGCUCCACCCGAGAACGUGUCUGCCGAAGCGGUGAGCUCCACUCAGAUCCUGUUGACAUGGGCGGCAGUUCCUGAGCCAGAGCAGAAUGGUCUCAUCUUAGGCUACAAGAUUCUCUAUCGGGCAAAAGACCUGGACUCUGAACUAAAGAGCCAAAUCGUGAGAGGUAACCACACCCAAUCUCAUCUGCUGGCCGGCUUGCAAAAAUACGUGCUUUAUGAGAUUCAGGUACUGGCAUUCACUCGGAUUGGAGAUGGGGUGCCCAGUUCUCCUCCAGUCGUAGAGAGGACCAAGGAUGAUGCUCCUGGGCCGCCUGUGAGGCUGGUGUUCCCCGAGGUGAGAUUGACAUCCGUACGGAUUGUGUGGCAGCCCCCAGAGGAGCCCAAUGGAAUUAUUCUGGGAUAUCAAAUUGCUUAUCGCCUGGCAAACAGCAGCCCCAACAAGUUCACCACAGUGGAAGUUGGCUCAACAGUCCGGCAGUUCACUGCUACGGAUCUCAACCCGGAGUCAGCAUAUAUCUUCCGGACUUCUGCCAAGACCAGACAGGGCUGGGGGGAGCCCCUGGAAGCCACAGUGAUCACUACGGAAAAGAGAGAGCGACCAGCACCUCCCAGGCAACUGAUAACCCCGCAGACUGAGGUUUCGUCACAGAGUCUCAAGCUGCAGUGGGUUCCUGGUAGCGAUGGAUCCUCCCCGGUACGGUACUUCACUGUGCAAGUGCGGGAGCUACCAAAUGGAGAAUGGCAAACCUACUCCUCUUCCAUCAGUCAUGAGGCAACCUCCUGCAUCAUUGAGAGGCUGAACCCAUUUACUUCUUAUAAGCUGCGAGUGAAAGCAACCAACGACAUUGGAGACAGUGACUUCAGCACCGAGACCGAAGCAGUCACUACUCUACAGGAUGUUCCAGGUGAACCACCAAGCUCUGUCUCGGUAACUCCCCACACCACUUCCUCUGUGCUUGUUCAGUGGCAGCCACCAAAGGUCGAGAGUCUGAAUGGCUUGCUGUUGGGAUACCGGAUUUAUUACCGGGAGCUGGAUUAUGACCCUGGCUCUGGAACAGAGUCCAAGACCGUUAAAAACCCUUCAGCUUUACGAGCAGAGCUUACACAUUUGAAGAAGUACAAGAGAUAUGAAGUUUUAAUGACAGCCUAUAAUAUCAUCGGGGAGAGCCCUACCAGCACACCUGUGGAAGUGUUUGUCGGCGAAGCUGCACCAGCAAUGGCCCCACAGAACAUCCAAGUGAACGCCCUUUCUGCGAGCCAGCUAGAGAUCGCCUGGGACCCACCUCCUGCCGACAGCCAAAAUGGGAACAUACAAGGCUACAAGAUUUAUUACUGGGAGAUGGAUUGUCAGAAUGACACCGAAAAAGUGAAGGUCCUCUUCCUUCCAGAAACAACAGUCCGGCUGAAAAACCUGACCAGCCAUACCAAAUACCUGGUCUGCGUCUCUGCCUUCAACGCAGCAGGGGAUGGACCAAGAAGCAGUCCCAAACAGGGCAGGACGCUCCAGGCAGCCCCCGGCGCACCCAGCUUCUUGGCGUUCUCGGAAAUCACUUGCACCACGCUCAACGUGUCUUGGGGAGAGCCGGCAGCAGCAAAUGGAAUCCUGCAGGGCUACCGAGUGGUGUACGAGCCCUUGGCACCCGUCCAUGCAGGGGUGAGCAAGGUGGUGACUGUGGACAUCAAAGGAAAUUGGCAGCGCUGGUUAAAGGUCCGAGAUCUCGUCAAGGGAGUGACCUAUUUGUUUCGAGUGCAAGCCAGGACCAUCACCUAUGGACCCGAGUUGCAAGCCAACAUCACAGCUGGGCCAGCAAAAGGGUCUCCUGGUUCCCCUCAGGAAAUUCAGGUUACAAAAUCUGCUUCAGGACUGACUGUGCAGUGGACCGAGGGAGAUUCAGGCGACAAACCUACAACUGGCUACAUCAUAGAGGCACGGCCAUCAGAUGAAGGACUGUGGGAUGCAUUUGUGAAGGACAUCCCCCCCAGUGCUACCUCCUACACAGUCAGUCUGGACAAGCUGAAACAGGGGGUGAGCUACGAAUUCCGGGUGGUAGCUGUAAAUGACUUUGGAUAUGGAGCACAGAGCCCUCCCUCUGCAGCAAUAUCAGCACAAACAGAAACCCCUUUCUAUGAGGAGUGGUGGUUCCUGCUGGUGAUGGCGCUUUCCAGUCUGAUCCUCAUCUUGCUGGUGGCAUUUGCCUUGGUCCUGCAUGGGCAGAACAAGAAAUAUAAGAAUUGCAGCACGGGUAAAAGCAUCUCUAAUGUAGAGGAGACUGUUACACUGGAUAACGGAGGCUUCACGGCAUUGGAGCUCAACAGCAGACACCUAAAUGUCAAGAGCACGUUCUCCAAGAAGAAUGGAACAAGGUCCCCUCCUCGCCCAAGCCCUGGUGGGCUGCACUACUCCGAUGAGGACAUCUGCAACAAGUACAAUGGGGCGGUGCUGAGUGAGAGCGUGGGACUGAACGAGAAGCCCAUGGAGGUGUCAGAGUCAGAGGCCACUGACUCCGAUUAUGAAGAUGAGUUGCCAAAGCACUCCUUUGUGAACCACUACAUGAGCGACCCUACCUACUACAAUUCGUGGAAGCGGCAGCAAAAGGGUGUGAAACACCCGGCGUCCUACAGGUACGAGGAGUGUGCGGCCAGUGAGACAGAACCCUAUUUCCAGACUGUCAUCACAACACAGAGCUCAGGAGGGGUGUACACCCCCACAGGACAGCCCGCUCCUGGCUCACGGACUCCAGUGACAGGGUUCUCCUCCUUUGUGUGACACCGCGAGGGAGGAAACAGCACAGCCGAAACUCCUGCGGGGAUCGGGACGACCCAUCACAGUGACUGUGUGUGACCGGUGCCGUGGCCUGUGGGUAAAUUUCUCUAUCAGGGUAGAGCGGAAGUGAACGUGAAUGAGUCUAUUUUUUCUGAAGACAAUCAACUCUUACAACGCGGAGCUGAACUAGCCGAACUUUUGUUUU